GAGGAGGAGGGGCCCCGGCGGCGGCGGGCAGAGGCGCGCAUGGAGCGGCCGGGGAGCAACGGGAGCUGCCCGGGCUGCCGGCUGGAGGGGGGCUCGGCGGCGGGAGCCGCCACCGGCCUGGCGGCCGUGCUUAUCUUCACCAUCGUGGUGGACGUGCUGGGCAACGCGCUGGUCAUCCUGUCUGUGCUGCGGAACAAGAAGCUCCGCAACGCCGAGGCAGCUGCAGACGGAGGAGCCAGCUCAGGUAAAACCCACGUCCCUUCAGCCGACCCGCGCUGCGAGGAGCGGGGCAGAGGUGCAGGCAACAUCUUUGUUGUCAGCUUGUCCGUUGCAGACCUUGUGGUUGCAGUUUAUCCGUACCCUCUGAUCUUAAGUGCCAUCUUCCACAAUGGAUGGACCAUGGGAAAUGUCCACUGCCAGAUAAGUGGGUUCCUGAUGGGCUUAAGUGUCAUCGGCUCCAUUUUCAACAUCACAGCGAUCGCAAUCAACCGCUACUGCUACAUCUGCCACAGCCUUCGCUAUGAUAAGCUCUUCAACCUGAAGAACACCUGCUGUUAUCUCUGCCUGACCUGGAUACUCACAGUGGUGGCAAUUGUGCCAAACUUCUUUGUUGGCUCCUUGCAGUACGACCCCCGGAUUUACUCCUGCACCUUUGCCCAGACGGUGAGCACGUCGUACACCAUCACGGUGGUGGUGGUUCACUUCAUCGUCCCACUCUCCGUCGUGACGUUUUGCUACCUACGGAUCUGGAUUUUGGUGAUUCAAGUCAAACACCGGGUGAGACAAGACUGCAAGCAGAAACUCAGGGCAGCUGACAUCCGAAACUUCUUGACUAUGUUUGUGGUUUUUGUCCUUUUUGCUGUGUGCUGGGGACCAUUAAACUUUAUUGGCCUUGCUGUUUCAAUUAAUCCUUCAAAAGUGCAGCCACACAUUCCAGAAUGGCUUUUUGUCCUGAGCUAUUUUAUGGCCUAUUUUAACAGCUGCCUCAAUGCUGUGAUCUAUGGGCUUCUUAACCAGAAUUUUCGGAAGGAAUACAAAAGGAUAUUGCUGACACUGUGGACUCCCAGGCUGCUGUUCAUUGAUGUGUCCAAGGGCGGGACAGAAGGGAUGAAAAGCAAGCAUUCUCCAGCCAUAACAACCAACAACAACCAUGCUGAAAUACACCUAUGAGUCAGGACAGUACCAGUACUAUUUAUUCUGGAUUACAGUUGUAUAUAUAAUAUAUAAGAGCCUUUCUAGCUGUGUUAAUUGCACAGCUGGUGUUGCCCUCAUGCAAGGAAGGAGUCUGCAACCUUUCAUGCUUAGCUUAUUGCUGUGACAUCAAGGCUUUCAAUAAGGAUUUUCAGAACAGAAAUGACUGAUCUUUUUUUUUAUAUAUAUAUAUCAUCUUUCACUGUGUGCCUAAUUAAUUGGUUUGGUUGCUUUUGCCACAAGCAUGCCAAUACCCGAAAAGGGAAGUGUUCAGAGUGCAUGGAGAAAUGCAGUUAUGCUUGAAAUGCAACCUUCAAGAGACAGCAAAAUUGCCAUUUAUUACACACAAACCUUUCUCCCCUCCUUAUGAAUUCUAUUUUUCUAGCAUUAACUUAACCUGAACUGUAUCAAACAAAGUGUAACCUGCAUGGCUUUUUACCUUUUAGAUAAGUAACCAUAUUAGCCAGCAGGUGUAUGUAUGGGCAUGGUGUGUGUUUUCCGUUUUCUUUUCUUUUGAGGUUUAAGAACUAGUCUGGGCUAGAUGUGAGGCAGGCAGAAGCCAGACCAGUGUGUGUCUGAUGCACUCAUUUUAAUUGAGUAUCUACAGACAUUAAGUACCCUUGCACUCUCCUUCCCAGGCCGUGAGUAAGUAUAUGACAUAUGACAUAAUCUAAUUGCAGUAAGAUACUUCGAGCCUGACUCUAAUUUAGGCAGUAUCCUGUCAUGGCCAGGAGUCAUUCCAAACAUCUUUCUAAAGUCACUGCUACAAACAUCACAAUAAAAAAGAUGAACAUAGCAGAGUCCCAUCUGUGCAACGCAGAUUGCGACUUUUAAGUUCCAGUAACGUUUGCACUUGCAGACAAAGGCAGAAGGGGAAGGCAGUGUUUUUACAAAAAUCCCUCCUUUUGCCCAUCACAGAACAUUAAUUUGCUGAUGGGAGAAAACGUGGAGAUUUUUUCCCAUUUUAUUCAUGUACAGAACUGUAAUUAAUUCACGGAGUGGGGAGACAAAAGCUACUUAAGCAUAAUUAUGCAUCAGUUCUGUUUAAGCCUGGACUGUGCUGUCUGUAUCAUUGGAAACAAUGUCAUGAAGUUCUGGGGAAGCCAGUAUCAUAUUAGACAUAAGCACAUGGGCAAAGAUAAGGCUGUUUCUUUAAUGGAGUAUGAAAGGUGUGUGUGUGUGUGUGUGUGUGUGUGAUGGCAGCUGUCUGUAGAUAUGACUUCUUUGUUUCCUUAGCUUCAUUGUGAAUUCAUCUCUUUAUGGCUUUAAAUGUGGAUCCUGCUUUGAAACAAUCACAUAAAAUCAACAGGUGAGCCUCCCCUGGUGCAACUCUACCUUCAGGUUAGCACCCCUGCCUUGAUGCAGGUGUGCAGAGGGGCACAGCAGAGAGGGGCAGGUCUGAGCCCUGGGGGUCUGAUGAGGACAGCAGGCAGCCCUGCCCCUGGUCAAGGACUGCAGUUUACUCUCUUUGGUUCUAGUGAAGGCAGGACUAUUUCCCAGCACUGAGCCCUGAAAGACCAAGACCAGACUUUGUAGGCACCUGGAGAUGGAGGUAUGUAGGAUUUCCCCAAAGCCUGAGCAGGCAGUGUGCCUAAUCUCUAGUGAAAAUAGUAAGCCAUUUGUGCACUGCUUUCUGAAACCAACUUGCUGCUGAAUGUCCCUUCUGCUGAUUUUUUUGGGGAAGAGGAAUUGAAAGAAAUUAAGACUCUUUCUGAAGUGGUCCAAGGAACUUUGUAUGCUGCAUUGCCUCCAUGAGGACCGAGUGUCUCUGCUGCUGCUGCCGUGUGGUGAAGGUCACUGCAGUAGCAGGGGGGCCCUGCGUUUAUAGGGUGCCCUGGCACUUAGGAAGUUUCAAACUUGAACAUCUAAGCCACUUCAGAUGAAUGUUGUUUUAAAAUGCACUGCAGCCAGCCUCCCAUAAUAGGAAUCAAACUGAGUUCUGUUUUGGCCUCUUAAUCUGCCUCAGCAUGGCCAAAUAAAGGUAUUUUGACCCUCAGAAAUAACUGUUGUCUGUUCGCCUUCCAGAAAAACCACCCUGGAUGAAUUCACACCAUUCCAUGCAAGCAAAAUAAUUUUGAGUUAAACUUGGAUAAGAAAAGCACUGAGGGCACAUAACUGCAGGCAGUGUUUGUCCCAUCACGCCUGGGAGAUGUCCCGUGUUCCAUGACUAGUCUUCAAAGUCAUUUGCAAUUAGCCACAACAGUGUUAGUUAGAAUCACAUUAGCAAAUAAUUUGAAGCAUCUAGUGCCAAGUGAAAUAUACUGCUUUAAGACAAUUGUGAAGAAUCUUGUGCAAGUUUGCCAAAUAUCUCAAAUACCCCAAAGCUGGGGUUUCAUCUUAUGUAUUCUUGUCUUUUUAACUGAAUGUUCAGUGAAGGUAAUGUGGUAUGGGGUUUUUUUUAUUUUAUUCUUUAAGCUUGUAUUUGCACUAUUUCUUAUUCAGGCUUCAAAGUUAACAGCCAGCAAGUUAUUUGAACCAAACUAAGUCCAAAGAGGUGCUGAACAGGCAAGCUGUGAGAGUCCCUUCUACAUCUGGCAGGAGUGGGAGCAGCAGGAGCAUGAUAGGGCAUCUCUGCAGGACUCGCAGAGUCUCCACUCAACCAAACUAUGCAAAAUGAUCUGCUGUCUUCUGCCACAGGCUCUGAGCAGCUCCUGCCCAGAUCUCUGCAGGGGACAGGCAAAGUACCUGCUGUGCUGGAGUGGUCUGAGCAGCUCCCUGCAGUGCCCACCCUGCAGGCUGGGGGUGGCUCUGGCAGCACAGGGAGCACAGCCCUGGCACAAUCUGUUCAGAAGGGCUCUGGGUGUCCCAGCGAGGUGCCCAGGGCUGGGCUGAUUCAGCCACCACGGCUGGAGGCUUCAGCUCAGUCCUGCUGGAGCUGAGGUUUGUAAUAUGAACCAUGGAAAGCAGGGAAUGUAGCCUCAAACAGGAAACACUGUGCCAUUUGUUAGCACUUUGAGAGAGGCAGCGCUUAGGAUAGGAUGGAGUUUUAUAUUGAUUUAUUCAACUACUCGAGCAGCUCCUUAUUUUUAUGUUAGGAAAUGGUUAACAGGGUACAGAGAGUUUAUUUUUGUUAGCAUUUGUUUACAGAAAAAGGGAAGUGUGUUUUAGCUGAGAAUGCUGAGCAGUGUCACAGUUUCCCUAUGAGAAUCUAGCUUUAGUCCAAAUUUGAGAUUCCAGUGAGAUCCCACAAUUUUGAUCACAUUCUGCCAGUUCCACCUGUUGCAUAUCUGGUCUUAAGUCUCAUUGGGAUCUCACAUAAACUAGUUUCAAAUCACUUGCUCUGGGUUUGAUACGGUGUGUCAAAUACCUAUUAUAGUCCCAAGCUCUAAAAUUGUUGUUGUAGAAACUUAUGGAGAGGCAGUAUGGCUAUGUAGAAAGAUUAAUCUCUUGCCACAAAGAAAUAUUUUUGGGUGUUGCUAAUGAAUGUUGUUUCAUCAAUUUAAGAAGAAUGUAACCAAUAUAUUUAUAUAUAAAUGUAUAUUGCAUAUGCUGUUUCCAUUUUAAUGUUUGAUUUAGGAUCCUUCAGUAUACUUUCCUAUUGCCAUUUUUGUUCAUAAAAUAGAUUAAUUCCCUUUACCUGUUAAAAAUGUAAUAAAUCUGCCAUUGGACUACUUACUGAUUUUUUUUCCUCCACUAGCAGUUACUUUUUAAUAAAUAUUUGGAACAUCAGCUUGAGUUUUGUUGACUCCCAGAAUGCAGAUUGAAUUGACAAACCUGCUUGAGUUCACACAUAUCUCAGCAGCCCAGCUUGGACCUGGAGGUGAAUGACCCAGGGCAUCUGAGACAUCUCCUUGGAUCCACAUGUUUUCUUCCACUUGUCUGCUAUCCAGCUGCCUGAUGCACUCUUGCCUUCCUCAUCAGGGAAGAAACUUUCUCCAUGGAGCCCUUGGUCUUCUCACUGUGUGCUCCUUCAAUGUCCUUUGUCUUUCUUGUCCCUAUCCGUGCCUAUCCAUGUGUGUGUCCGGGGGGUGCUGUGGGAGCAGAGUUUGUCAUACCCAUUUCCUUGCUCUUUCCUGGGAAGGACAGCACAGCUGAGCUGGGAGUAGGAGGCUGUGGGAGCCAGGGUGGUUGCAAGUCAGGGUACAAGGUGGUGGGGUUGUAGGGAAGGGAUGGGACAGAAGGGUCACCCUGGGCUGGGGGCACAGUGAGGGCUGACACACACUCAGUGUCCAUCACGCAGCUUUGUGAGGAUGCUGUAUCCAAGAUGUUCUACUGGUGUUCUUUUCCCCACCUCUGUUUUGGGGCAGGUUUUGCUGUACUCACUCAGUUCUUCAGCCAAUAGGUUCUAGCCACAGGUUGCACUGAUUAUAUUCCUGUGCUGACUUGACUGGAGCUGUUCUGGGGGAGUCUGUGCUGGUUCUGGAGCAAUGAAUAUGGGAGUAUGGAGGGUCCAAUUGUAACUGCAGCUUGAGCUGUUUCCUAACCAGAUGUCACAUACAGCCAUGGUGUUAAGGUACUAGAGGCUGAGAUUAUCCAGUAGAACAAAGAACUUGUGUUAAACCAAAGAAUUGCUGAGAAGCCAUGGAGCAGACAUGUUGAAUGAACAAGGACUAUUAACUCAAUUACAUCCCCAAGCAGUAUUGUUACUUUUUCCCCUAAUCUAUUCCAACAGGCACUGGACUUCACCUGCUGCUUCUACAGUGAAGCCUGCAAUGCUUGGUGAUGUGACACACUGAAAGCAGUGUUUAUGAUAGUGGCAAAUCUCAAAAUUUCUCUCUGUGCAGAGCUGCCAGAAAACCCUUUCAUGGACUUGUACCUGCUGUUUCUGCCAUGUGGAACAGAAUGAAUUGAACUGUCAGAAGUAAGGCAGUGUUAUUUAUUUACUUACUUGUCACAAAGUAUAGUAACUGGGAGAUAGACAGAUAUAAAAUGCCAGAGGUGUGGUAAUUUAAUACCAGGAUAAAAUCUCUCUCAUAGUGGCUAUUUAGAAACCAAUAUUUGUCCCAAUGUAUUUACCUCCAAGCUUAUAAUUUAUAACAUGAAACCAGUCAGUAAAGAGCUACUGCAUAUGUAUUUAAAAUUUUAUUGGAAAAAUGUAAAUCACUGGACCUAAUGUGAUAUUUCUUACCACAAAAACCCUGAGAUAAGAAAUGCAGAAUACGUUCUUAUAAGAACUCUGUGAUGGGAUAUGUAAAUUUUUUUCAUUGGUGAUAAGAACCAUAAAAUUCAUAUCAUUCAUGAACUACACUUGUGAAUGGAAGCUCCAUAAUAUUGUUAACUGAAUUUUCAUUUUCUACUGCUGUUUAUAAUAUCCAUUAUUCAUGGGCUAUAAGUACUGUACAGCAGAGAUAGAAUUUACAGUACAGGGUUGGUUUCCAGAGCAAACAAGGGGGGUCUGAACCAUUAACUGAAAUAUAUUUCUAUGUUUUCUUCCAAGCAUGUCUCCUGAUAAGGUUUUUAACUCAAAUGAUUGCUUCUGAGAGAUCAGGGAGACUUUAAUGUCUUUUAGAUUAGGUGCAAUGUCUGUACAGUCACAGCUUGCUUAGAUUACCUUUUAAAUAGACUUCAGCCAUCAAAGUUUAUGUCUGUCCAGUUGAAGCACAAAAUUUAUUUUGUAUGUAGAAUAUUUUAUACAUAGCACAUUAAAUAAACUGUUAUGUCCUUC